CCAAAAAGCAGAAUUGUGCAGGACCAGGCGGGCAUCGGCCAUGGCUUUCGAGGAUGCAAAGGGGAGAAUUUUUCACUGAUUGAAUCACCCGACAUAACAUUGUUUUCCUCAAAAAACCUCUACUUCCUCCUCCUGCAGCCUUCACGAGCAACAACAACAGCAACAGCAUCAGCAAUUUCUCGACAACGAGGAUCUGACAGAAGAGUUCUGAGCAAAGUUUUGAGUCUUUCCUCUCUUUUGGCUUCCGUGAUUUUCUGCAGUCGGGUCGAAAGUUGGGACCUUUGAGCUUCGAUUUAUGGAGGCGUGACAUAAAUCUGUUCAAGGGUUUCUGGAAGCUGAUCAGGACUGGUGAUUUUAGGGCUUGCUCUUCUGACUACUUCUUGCACAACUGCGGUUUAGUUCGAUGCAGCAAACCUCGCAUUGAGCUGCUCUCUGGCUUCAGGUCAUUUCACUUCGUUUUGGGUUGGGUUUUCUUAAACUGGGUCAGGAGAAGACGGCUCCCUGAUGGAAUCGGAAUGGUGCAUAUUGGUUCUUGUGGGAUAUCGGGGAAUUUAGUGUUGCAGCUUUAGGGAGGUGGAAGGUCCUAAAAUUAUAUGAAGUAUGAUCAAGCAGAUACUCAGCAAGCUUCCUCGUAAAUCUUCAAAGUCGGGUGACAGUCGAGACCAUGGCAAAAACUCUAAUCCAUACUUUGAAUCGUCUAUCAAUUCGAGAAGUGGUGAAUUAGGAGUCAGUGGCUCGGGGAGCUUUAGCCUCUCCUUGAGUUCAUCUAAUACUCAUGCUCCUGAUAAGGGAGCUAUUCAGGGAGGCAAAGUUCCAAGAGGAGCUAACUCGAAGUUUAAUGGCAAUUUGGUGUCUUCUUCUUAUGAAGCAUUGCCUGGGUUCAAAGACGUGCCAAACUCUGAAAAGCAGAACUUAUUCAUCAGGAAGCUGAGCUUGUGCUGUGUUGUGUUUGACUUCACUGACCCAACAAAGAACCUCAGGGAGAAGGAGAUUAAGAGACAGACUUUGUCUGAGCUAGUGGACUAUGUGACUUCUGUUAACGGAAAGUUCACAGAAACCGUAAUGCAAGAGGUUAUAAAGAUGGUGUCAGCAAAUUUAUUUCGGGCACUCACCCCUCAGCCACGUGAAAACAAAAUUGUAGAAGCUUUUGACUUGGAAGAAGAGGAGCCCUCCAUGGAUCCUGCAUGGCCGCACUUGCAACUUGUUUACGAGUUCUUCUUAAGGUUUGUUGCAUCCUCUGAAACCGAUGCUAAACUUGCCAAGAAGUACAUUGACCACUCUUUUAUCCUCAAAUUGCUGGACUUAUUUGACUCAGAAGAUCACCGAGAAAGGGAUUAUUUGAAGACAAUUCUCCACCGUAUCUACGGCAAAUUUAUGGUGCACCGCCCAUUCAUUCGAAAAUCCAUAAACAACAUUUUCUACCGUUUCAUCUUUGAGACCGAGAAGCACAAUGGGAUUGCUGAACUUCUUGAGAUCCUGGGCAGUAUUAUUAAUGGGUUUGCUCUGCCUUUGAAGGAAGAGCAUAAGCUGUUCCUAGUCAGAGCUUUGAUUCCUUUGCACAAGCCCAAGUGCUUGGCUAUGUACCACCUGCAAUUAUCAUAUUGCAUCACACAGUUCGUGGAGAAAGAUUGCAAGCUUGCUGAUACUGUCAUCAGGGGCUUUCUGAAGUAUUGGCCUGUCACGAAUAGUUCUAAGGAAGUGAUGUUCUUAGGCGAAUUGGAGGAAGUAUUGGAAGCCACUCAGCCUCCAGAGUUCCAACGCUGCAUGGUGCCGUUAUUUCGCCAAAUUGCGCGUUGUUUGAGCAGCUCGCAUUUUCAGGUGGCAGAGAGGGCUCUCUUUUUCUGGAACAAUGACCACAUCGAAAAUCUAAUCCAACAGAACCGUAAAGUCAUACUCCCGAUCAUCUUCCCUGCACUUGAGAAAAAUGCCAGAAGCCACUGGAACCAAGCUGUCCACAGCUUGACCUUAAAUGUGAGGAAGAUCUUCUACGACCUUGACCCCGAUCUAUUCAAGGAAUGCUUGCUCAAGUUCCAAGAGGACGAAGCCACGGAAGACGAGAUCAGAGCAAGACGCGAAGCUACAUGGAGACGUCUGGAAGAAGAGGCUGCCAAGGAGGCCACGAGCACUGAAGCUGUGCUUGUCCCUGCUCCAAAAUUGUCUUCUCGAACCUCUUCAGGUUAGUAAACUGGUAGUUUCAAGUGGGCUUUGAUUUUUUUGAUUAGAUGCGAUUGAUCAGAUCAUACAUGGGCAUGCUUCGAAGGGUUCGAUGCUCUUGGGACUAAAAAUGUAUAUUGGCUUUUACGGAAAGAGCUGCUCACAGAUUGAAAACAUCAUGUGAAAUCAAUCCGUGUUUUGGGAAAUCUUGGAUGCCAUUUUGCUUUCAAAACACAUGGUGUCAUGAACCAAUGUUCGUAUCAGCAUUAUUUGAAAAUGCAUGUGGCAAUAUUAUGACUUUGCUAACUAGUUCAGUGCUGGAUAUAUUGAAAUGUCUUGGAGAAUGUUGGGGCUGAUGUUGCUUAAUCGAUGAUACGAAGAGAGAAGUUCUAUCUA